AUGGUGGACAAAAAAGAAUCCCCAGAUGCUGAGCAUCUUGAAUCCGAAGUGAAAAUAGACCCUGCUAGUUUCAUCCCCGGACAAGCGAGAGAACCAUAUGGCGAGGCUGGUCUAAAAGGCAUUAUAGACAACAAAUAUGUCUGCACUUGCGCGGCCUUCGCUACUCUGGGUGGUGCAAUGUUUGGUUAUGACCAGGGAGUUGUAAGCGUGACUCUUACAAUGGAACAGUUCCUUGAGAAGUUUCCAGAGGUUGCUGCCGAUGCCCCAGGUGGUGGCUUUAUGAAGGGCAUUCUCACAGCGAUGAUCGAAUUGGGAGCUUUCUUGGGUGCUAUGAACCAAGGGUGGCUCGCAGACAAGAUCUCUCGCAAGUGGUCAAUUAUGGCUGCAGUUUUUAUCUUCGUCUUUGGGGCGGCAUUACAAACUGGAGCAACAAGCUUCGCCAUGCUUGUUGGCGCUCGUUUCGUGGGAGGGAUUGGGGUUGGCAUGCUUGCAAUGGUGGCACCACUGUACAUUUCAGAGAUUGCACCUCCUGAGAUUCGUGGUACAUUGCUGGUGUUGCAAGAGCUGAGUAUUGUCACGGCCAUUGUUAUCGCUUUCUACAUCACAUAUGGCACUCGCUACAUCCCCGGCGAAUGGGCAUGGCGCCUUCCUUUCCUAAUUCAGAUGAUACCUGCCCUAUUCCUUGGUGCUGGUAUUCCCUUUCUCCCAUAUUCACCUCGCUGGCUUGCCGGGAGAGGGCGAGACGAAGAAGCCUUGCAGACUCUCUGUAAGCUACGAGGCGUUGACGAAGCCGAUGAGCGUGUAUUGCGAGAAUGGGUUGACAUUCGGUCAGAGGUUGCCUACUGUAAGGAGUUGAGUGCUGCGCGCCAUCCGAAAUGUCAGGAUGGGACGAUGUUUAGCCGCGUCAUACUUCAUGUGUGGAGUUAUCUCGACUGCUUCCGCAAGGGCUGCUGGAAACGGACGCACGUGGGAAUCGGAAUUAUGUUCUUUCAACAAUUCGGUGGUGUAAAUGCUCUUAUUUACUAUUCGCCCAGUUUGUUCGAAGGGAUGGGUCUCAACUACUUCAUGCAAUUAAAUAUGUCUGGAGUUAUCAACAUUUGUCAGAUGGUUGCUUGUAUCAUUUCACUCUGGGGAAUGGACAGAUUCGGUCGUCGGCCAUUGCUCUUCAGUGGCUCAAUUUGCAUGGUUCUCGCCCAUCUCAUUAUUGCUGUGUUAAUGAACAAAUUCCAAUCAGACUGGACUUCACACACAGGGGAAGCCUGGGUUUGCGUAGCAUUCCUCUGCUUCUUCAUGUUGUCUUAUGGAGCCUCGUGGGGCCCUAUCCCUUGGGCGAUGCCAGCUGAGAUCUUCCCCUCUUCGUUGCGUGCAAAAGGUAUGGCAUACUCUACGAUGUCCAACUGGUUGAACAACUUCAUUAUCGGUCUCAUCACCCCGCCCCUCGUGCAAAAUACGGGAUAUGGAACAUAUGUUUUUUUCUGUGUCUUUUGUGUUUUGUCCUUUGUUUGGACUUGGUUCUUCGUCCCAGAGACUAACGGACGUACCCUCGAAGAGAUGGAUGAAGUGUUUCAGGACAACACUGGCAGUGACGAAAGAGAUCAGCGUUCUAGGAUUGAAGCCACUAUUUGGUCACACGUGGCGGCAAACCCUCGUCAAAAUGCCGAAAUAUUCGCUUAG